AUGGUGCCGGGCCUGUUCGAAAAUACACCGCCUAGUGAAACUAGAGCUGUCGCGUGUAAGAGUACUACCAAACCUAAUAGCGUUAACCAACCUGCACCGAAAGCGGUGCGAUUUCUACCUCCUAUUCAGCCGACAUCGAACGCUUCAGGACCUACGAGUAAGAUUAUGUAUUUUACUCCAAAAGACCAACAAGUAACCCGACAGGAGUAUAAACCUCACAAAUGUGGCCCAAUGUGUAAAACAUUUAUUACCCACAACUUUACCAAACUGCGAGGACAUAAUCCGCUCUCGAAACCUUUGUUGUGUGGCUGGGCAAGAAGGACCGAGGAAGAAAAGAUUAUUUAUAAGGCGCCUUGUGGAAGGAUGAUUAGAAACAUUAGCGAGAUACACUAUUAUCUUAGAGUGACUGAAAUCGAAAUGACAGUGGACUUAUUCGAUUUUAAUUACAUGGUUAGGUGCCUGGCAGAAUUUAGUGUAGACUGUGUACCUGAUCCAAAAGAUUUAUCGAAGGGUGUUGAGCAAGUUCCAAUUCCCGUUAUUAAUGGGUUAAGUACCGAGGCGCUAGAUUUCUGGAACAAAUUUUUAGCAAAAGAUACUGAUCCAAUUUCUGUUGGUUAUAUUUAUCGAAGCUUGCAGGAGCAAGUAAUGACUGGAAUUUAUGAGUGCAAUUCAAGAUGUAAAUGUACGUCAACGUGUCUGAACCGGGUGGCUCAAAACCCCAUGUCUUUAAAAUUCCAAGUCUUUAAAACGCCAAACAGGGGUUGGGGUAUAAGGUGUCUAAACGACAUUCCGCAAGGGACCUUUAUUUGUUGCUACGCGGGAACAUUGCAUACAGAACAAAGAGCGAAUGAGGAUGGGAAGGAAUAUGGUGAUGAAUAUUUUGCCGAACUAGAUUACAUUGAAACUGUAGAGAAAUUCAAAGAAGAUUAUGAAGCGGAAGUGAUGAAGGAAGAGGAGUACAUGGAAAGAGAAAAGACGCCGCCCAUUGAUGAACCAAAACAAACAAAAUCUUCGGGCAAAAAGAGGAAUCCUUAUUUGGAAAACUAAUGAUUUUACGCCCUCGGCAUUGACUAAUUUUAGGAUUCAUAAUUCUUCUUCCUCACCUGGUAACAAUGAUGGCAUAAGGUCGCGAUUGCAUGAAAGAAAGAGAAAAGAUGAAGAAGACAGAAAAGAAAAAUGAAAAAGAGACAAGGAAGAGAAAAGAGACCGAUCCGAGAUAAAAAUGAAACAAAAUUCUAGUGUUCCAGAU